AUGCUGCCACUCACGUUGCUUGCGCUCGUCGUGGGCAGCGCAGAGCAAGCAUUUGCUCUACGUUCAAGCAAUGUACCCGAAGAUCUGUUUGCAUAUCCCAAGUAUUCGAUUCACUUUCUCAAUGGCCAGCCAGUCCUGAAUGACACUGCACAACGCUGGCUCCAGGAUGGUGUCGUCGACCAAGACGAGUUUCUCGGCCACAAAACAUCUUCCCAAGACGCUUCCAAGCUCUUCAAGAGCAUUGCUGGUGGCCCUGAGGAUGCUGAGCUGGCACCAGCAGCGGCCAGUCCACCCAACGACGCUCCCAGCCACCCACCCACCCUUCAAAAGAUGAAACUUGGCUCUUCAGACUAUCUCUGUCUCUUGCCGUCCCCACCAGACGUUCCCUCGUCCGACGACGACUCCCAGCAGGCACCCCAGCCGAUUCGCGCAUGGGAAUUGCUGCAGCCUCUGGAAGGCACAUGUCUCUAUCAUCGCCAAGGGUGGUUUAGCUAUGCAUAUUGUCAUGGACGCCACGUUAGGCAAUUCCGAGAGCUCGAGCCGAAUCUCCCAUUCGGACUAAAGACACCAGCCGAGGAUCCAAACGAGCCCGCGUACAUGCUCGGACAUGCUCCCACGCCAGCAGCAACAACGCCAAAUGACGACGACCAAGGCAAGACGCAGCACUUGUCCGUCGCGGAUCGCACUGCACUCGCGAACCGACUCGAGCUCGCCAGAGGUGCAGGUCAACGCUAUCUCAAUCUGCACAUGGGUGACGGCACCGUAUGCGAUAAAUCUGGACAGCCGCGUCAAGUCAACGUUCAGGAGCACAAGACGUGCUCGUACACACUCCUUAUCCAUACCCCUCGAUUGUGUAAUGAACCAGGGUUCAAGGACCCACGAGACGACCUCCCGGACACACCCCUCCACUGCCGCAAAAUCGUCGACACACUCGAUGGCACAGACCCGACACUCCCAGCCUCUUCAUCCCCCUUUGAACGUCGCAAACCUAAACCACUCCCUGCGCCCCGAAAGGAAAGAGCCAAAGGCAAGGACAAGGACGGCGGGGGAAGAUGA